AUGAGUGCUGCAACCUUCCUGGGGACACCCCUAUCGAAGUACGAGAUUGAUGAUAUUGAAACCGACCUGGUGAACAAACGUGCCAAGAACUUCGAGAAAUCAAAGGAGCUCCAGUACAGGCAGAAUCGCGAGCGGAUCAAACGUAACCAAAUAAUAACCCACUACACGGUAGACACAGCUGAAGGGUUUGUGCCUGCUAACUUCAAGUCUUCCAAGACUAAUAGGGCAUCCUACACGCAGCAGGAAGUCAGCACCUUCACGGAUCUGGAAGAUGCAGAAAUCACAACCAAGAAUACGCUCAAAGCUAUAAAAAUCGAUCGAGUAGGGUUGCGGAGAAAUGUCGCAGCGAUAUUAACUGCUCUAGGAUUCAUGGGGAAGAAACGGUUUAUAGGCCCAAUUAACAUACAUGCUCCACAAACGAGAAUCUCAUCAAGCCUUGAAGGUGUGGGUUUUACGUUCGAUGUGGACAAAUGUGUCGAAAAAUUGCAUUUCGUAAACGCCGAAAAUGACGACUAUGGAUCCCAAGGGCGUCACCAUCAUAUCCCAGCUGGUAAAGAACAAAAAGGACAUCAAGCAGAAAAUCUUAAGGAAAGUGGCGAUCACCGUCAUAGAACUCUGAAUCUUGAAGAGGAGGAAGGUACCAAGGAAACGGCCACCCUAGCGAGGCACGUACCAGACCGCCAGUUCGACCUAUCCGAGAUACAAUUCUACUACAAACACCUUUACAACCUGAUCGUGAAACCGAUGGAGGUCAAGGAAGACCUAGUCGAGAUCAUAGAGAAGGGGAUCGAGUUUGCAACUGAAGGAGUUGCUAAGGAAAAGGUUGUGGAAACAGGCAGGAAGGUGGAGCUUUAUACCUUCGACGAUGAGCUUCUCCAUAGAUUCAGAAUCAAAACCAAAAGGACAAAAGACGAUUCGGGCAGUAAUGGAUCCCGUGAGAUGGACGAUGGAGCAGCUCCUACCGCGAAACUCCCUUCCGAGCUGUUUGCUAGAAUAUUUGGCAAAUAG